UUUCGCUCAUGCCAUUGUCUCUGACUGCCCUCAGCUCUAGAAGAAUUUAUGGAAAAAAAAAUUAGAGAUUUAUAUAUAUGUAUAAUAAAAAACACAUCUUUUUCUUUUGGUCUAUCCUUUCCGAACAGCAUUGCAGCCUUUGCAGCCUAAAAAUCCAUAUGAAAAAGGCCUCCUUUUCAUUUUUCUUCCAUUUUUUCUCCACCGUUCUUGUUUUUUAGCUCAAUUUUGAUCAUCCAAACUUGAAAUUUUGGUGCUUGUUGUUCAAUUUUUCUCAUUUUUUUCUUUGUCUCUCUCUUGAUCUAAUUGUUUUCCGGGACAGUUUGAGCUGAUUUUGAUUAGGAGAGCAAAACCCAAUCUAGGGUUUUCUCUCACUGAUCACUCAGUUGUUCUUCUUAAUCUCUUCCCAAAUUUCUGGUUUUUUUUGGAAUUUAAGCUCUAGAUUUAGAAUCUAAUCUCCAAACUUUUAGCGUUUGGGACCAAUUCCAUCCCGUUCUCUGAGAAGAAAGAUUUUUUUUUUUUUUAAAUCAAAGUUCCAAUCUUUGAUGGCACCCAGGGCGAGCUUUGGAGUUUAGAAGGAAAGAGAUCACUGGUGGAGGAGAUGGGGUGCGUCCAUUCGAGGGUGGAGAACGAGGAGACGGUGCGGCGAUGCAAGGAGAGAAGAAGGCUAAUGAAGCAGCUGCUGAGCUGCCGUUCUGAGCUCGCCUCUGCUCACAUAGCGUACCUUCACUCCUUGCGGAACACCGGCGCCACUCUCCGCCAAUUCACCGAAGCCGAAUCCAUUAUCCCCGUGAACUCACCUGUUCGUCUCACAUUGCCACCAUCGCCGCCGCCUCCCCUUCCUCCGCCUCCACCUCCAUUGCCUCCGUCACCGCCGCUGCCUCCUCUGUUUAGCCGGAAGGGAGGAGCCACAUUGGAGAAGGGAAACAUGGUUGAGGGUUCUAUUGAUGAUGAUGAUGAUGAUGAUGAUGAUGACGAUGAUGUAGAUAUUGAUGUCUGCUUGCCUCCAAUGCCUCCUCCUGGUUCUGAUUGGGAUUUUUUGGACCCGUUUGGGCCUCCAUGUUCAUCAACUUCUUCGUCUCCGGUGCUGAAGAAGAAGGAUGAAGGAACAGUCUUGCAGGCAGGUGAGGAGGAGAACUGGGCCGAGACUAACACAGAGUUUGUGGAGGAUGAGGAGGAGUUGGAUGCAGUGAGUAAUGUGGUUGUGAAUACGAUGAAGGAUAAGUCGCCCUUGAGAGACUUGACCGAUGAUACAUCAUCAGUGGUGAGCGGGUUUACAAGGGAUACUGACAUGGCUGUGGUUGUCUGGAGGAGCAAGAAGACGAUGGCUGGGAUAGUGAAGGAGCUGGAUGAUUAUUUCUUGAAAGCAGCUGCUGCUGGUAAGGAUUUGGCUGUUCUUUUGGAGUCAAACCGAGGACAUAGUCUUGAUUGGAAUCUUGAAGAGCAGAAAGGGAAGAGAUCCAAGUCUGCCAAGGUCUUCCAUGGUUUGAGUUGGAGCUGGUCUUCCAAAUCUCUUCUGUCUAAUAGAGAUGGUCAUUUUGGAGAUACUGGUGAUACUUGCAGACCUGGGAACCAUUGUUCAACUCUUGAUAAGAUAUAUGAGGAAGAACAAAGGCUUUAUAAGGAAGUUAAGGAAGAAGAGAUUGCUAAAUACGAGUGCAAGAAGAAAAUCCUCCAGCUGCAGAAGCUAGAAGCUGGAGAUCAUGAUUGGACUAAGGUAGAGAAGGCUCGAGCAAACAUUGAGUACCUACAAUCAAGGAUCCUUUCCUUACAAGAGUCAAUUAAUGGGACAUGCUUGUCAAUAUCAAAGCUCAGGGAUGAAGAGUUACACCCUCAAUUGCUUGAGUUCUCUACUGGACUCACACAGAUGUGGAGAUCAAUGUAUGAAUGCCAUCAAGUCCAGAACCACAUUUCACAACAAGUGAAUCUUAUUGACAAUCAACCAGGCACUGAACCAACAACAGAAAUGCAUCGGCAGGCUACUGUUCAGCUCGAAAAUGAGGUCCGGUCCUGGUACAGUUCCUUCUGCAACCUACUGAGAUCUCAACGGGAAUACAUGCAUGCCCUUAACCAAUGGAUCAGGCUCACCGACUGCCUUCCCGACAGCAAUGAUCAAACUGGUUCUGCAAUCGGGAUCCGCCUCCUGGGUGAGGAGUGGCAGCUUGCGCUUGACAGAUUACCUGACAAGGUUACUGCUGACGCAAUUAAGAGUUUUGUAUCAGUUGUCCACUCCAUUGUGCUGCAGCAAAUCGAAGAGCGAACAUUGCAGAAGAGAUCGGACCGCCUUGAGAAUAGGUUGGAGAAAGAAUUGGAUGCACUUGCUCAGUUGGACAGGUACAAUGAGAGUAUGGUUACCAACCAGGAUCAAACCAUGGAAUCAAAACAGCAUCUAUUGUCAUCAAAACAAGCGAAACUGGAUGGUCUAAAGAAGCGGGUUGAGGAUGAGAAGGCAAAAUAUUUUAACUCAGUUCGUCUCAGCCGGGCCAUGACGUUGAACAGCCUGCAUGCGAGCCUUCCUAAUGUAUUCCAGUCAUUGAUGGGUUUCUCCAGUGUAUGCGUGCAGGCGUUUGAGGGAAUCCAGAGACAAUGUGAAGCCAAUAGUGGUCAUGCCGAAGGAGUGUCACCAUUACUUCCUUAGGAGCAGCACCUAGAAACGGCCGAGUUGAUGAGAUCAUAUCUAAAUAGGUUAAAUAUAUUUCUUGCUGCUGUUGGGAUGCUACAAAGAUUGUUCUCGCAGAGCCCUCCCUGUUGUUCCUUUCUUUGUUUCUGUGUGAUUUCAUUGUUUUUCUGAGAUAUAAUAUCAUUAUACUCAGCCUCGUGAACUUUGGCAUUUGUUCAUAUUUAAUGGAAAAUCUUAAUUGGAUAA